AAGGACUGACCACCCUUCUAAAAUUUUUAUUUUUCAACCGAUUCAAUUCAAUAUUUUUUUGUCUUGUAGUUACUCGAAUAUGGCACUUAUUAGGCUCAUAAUUUUAUUUCUACGGCUGCACUGGUUUACAGGGUGUCCACAUUUAUAGGUUCAAAUUUCAAUAAGUACUAUUAGGGAUUUUUUUAGAAAAAAAUCUGAUAGCAGAUUCUUGUUUAGAAUGGUCUAAAACCGUAAUGUACGAAUUUUUGUUCCAAUAGGAUACAGGGUGAUCACAAAAAAUUUUUCAAAUUUAAUGGAUCAAACCGUAAAAAUUUUAUAUUGUGAAUUUGGCACAAAAAAAAAAAGUUCCAAGUACAUACGUGUGACUGUGUUGUCUGAACUUCACAGGAGGAUGAUCCGCAGGAUUAUAAUUCUCGGGCAAUCCAUAAUUAUUUUGAGUUUUGUCGUUGGACAUCGAAAUGUCAGCUGCUGGUAAUCUAAAAAAAAAAAAACGAAAAAUAAGUACCAGUUCCCUGUCAUUUUAAAUGUUGUUUGUCACAAAUUCUUUUACACACAAUGUUAUUUCUCCUUUUCUGUUGUUUGUUUCUACCGGCGAAAUGCUGCAACGUGUAUCCGAUAUUUUUCAAAGAAACAGAACCGCCAUUGGAAAUGAUCAAUUGCGAUCAAAGUCAUUUCAGUUUAAAGAUGAUUUCGAUAAAUUUUUUGGUUUUGAUGGAGUAUGCUUUUUGUGAUGUUUACAGGAGUUUUUUGGAGGUAUAUGACUUCAUUGUGGAUUAUUUCAAUGAACGCAAAGAUGAUCAAGAAAUAGAGGCAAAAACUUAUUUUGAUUAUAUGAGGAAUUUGCUUGAUUUUGAACAAAAUCGUCAAGAAGUUGUAAAGAGUUGCUCGUAUCAUUCAAUGGUUGUGGUUGCAGCUUUUCUACUACUCUUAUUGAUUUUUGGAUUCAUGAUUUUACGAAUUGUCGAAAAUUUGAGAAGGAAACAAGAAGUCCUAAAUAAACCAGAACGAAGAGGAAGUCGUUGUUCAUCGUGUCGUUUUUGUAAUGGAGAUGAAUAAAGUAAAUUAUUGUCUGAUGUUUAUGUUCUAAUUUUCUAAACCUUGCAAAAUAAUAUCUAAAACAACUACCUUGACAUAUAGGAAUCCCUAAUCUGAACAAACGUUCCACUCAUAAUUAUUUUUUUCAAAAAUAAAUCGCACUUAAUGCUUUCUGAA